UUUCAAUUCCAAUUUAUCCGAUCCCUUUUGUAUCGGACGUUUUCGGUCUUCGCUUGCCUAUCGAUUUCGUGACCGUCUUGCCCAAUUCCGUUCCGAUCGCUUCCGAUCGCCUAAUGCUGGCAGAUCACUAGACCGAUCGCCGGAUAGCCACUGCAACUGGCGCAAGAGGUCGUUGAUUUUGAAAUCCCGGACACUAUGGUUUUUGGAAUUUGUUUUGAGAUGUUAGUAGCGUGAACAAGAUGGGAGAGUGCAUUCAUAGGAAGGAGAGGUGGAUGUAAGCUUUUUAUGGUUGGUUAAGGAUGAAAAUGGCGGGAAGUACGAGGAUGGAAUCAACUUCAAGCAGUAUGGAUGGAAGUCAUGGAACAAACUUCCCUCCCGCCUAUCAAAAUGGGCAGCGUGGGACACAUUUACCUCCUGGUUUGGAGAGGUCCGGAAGCUUCCGUGAGAACAUGGAGAACAGAAGUCUUUUUGCAGGUCCUGGUACAUUGCGAAAUGCAGCUUCUUCAUCAGAAGUACCAACAGUGUCACAAUAUUUACCAUUAGAUACAUUUUCAUGGGGUGAGCAAAGGUUUUCUCGCACUGGAGAAAUAAGAAGGGUUUUGGGUGUCACAGUGGAGGAUCACACUUUUGGAUCUGCACAGUCAAAACCAGUCCCUCCCAUUGCACCAGAGGAUCUAAGGCGUUUGAAAGGCAGUGUAUAUGAGUCAUCAAACAGAGCACGGGAGAGAUCAAAGUCAUUUCAAGACUUGGCUAUGAAAUUGGACAGAUAUCGCAAUUUGGUCUCACGGAAACGACAAAGAAUGGAUCAGUCAAAUGAGAAGUCAGGCACAUCAAAUCCAAUGAAGAUGGGAAAUCAGACUCAUCAAAGUCCAACAGAACUCGCAAGUCCUAGACUGGAGGACAGAAAGAAUGCAAUACCUAACAAACGUAUUCGCUCCUCGAUGGCGGAAGUACGGUCAGAAGUUCGUGGUGCAAUUCCACCAAGGCAAGGUGUGGUCGAGAAGGAUAGGAAUGUGCUCUUUGAGAAGGAUAAAACUAUGCUUCGGGGUUGUAAUGGAGGAUCUGUUCCUUCAGAAGACAAGAUGUGUGGACUCCCUCCAAUGGGUGAUGGAUGGGACAAAAAAAUGAAAAGAAAACGUUCUGUUGGCCUUAAUAGAGUGAUGGAAAGUGAUAGAGAGAUUAAGUCGAUACAACAGAGACCUAGCAACGAAUCCCGCAUGCGAUCGUCUGAUGCCAUUUCUUUCAGACCUGGCUUGUCUAGUGGAACCACAGUAAGUAACAAGAUGGAUGGCUGUUCCCAACCGAGUGUUUCUAACUCUCGUGGCACACCUAAGAUUGAGCUAGAGAGUGGCUCUGUUCCUAAUGAAAGGCGAGAAUUUUCUAGUGGAGUUGACAAUGAACGAAUCAUGCAUAAAGGCGGCAAUAAGCUAAAUGUUCAUGAUGAUGGUCAAGCUGGAAAUCAAAGUUCUUUGGUAAAAGGGAAAGCAUCGAGGGGACCUAGAACAGUUUUAGGUGCUUCAAUGAACUCAUCACCUAGUUUUCUUCGUUCAUCCGGAAACAUUGAUGGGUGGGAACAAGGUACUGGCGCAAGCAAAGUUCAGUCUUCAACUGUAGCCAAUCGCAAACGACCAAUACCUAAUGAAUCAUCAUCUCCCCCUGUAACUCAAUGGGUUGGUCAGCGGCCACAAAAGAUCUCUAGAACCCGAAGGGUUAAUGUAGUUUCCCCUGUCUCCAAUUUGGAUGAAGCUCAAUUUUUAGCCGAAGGAUACCCAACUCCUGAGGUUGGAGCUAGAAUGACAACAAUGGACAACAGUGGGCUUUUAGUUCCUAGGGUCAUACCCAACAAACUGAAACAUGAUAAUGUCCUUUCUCCUGCUGUAUUGUCAGAAAGUGAGGAAUCAGCUGCUGUUGAAAGCAAGUUUAAGGAUAAGGGAAAUGAUAGUUUUGAGCUAGAAGAUGGUGCACAAACAUCACUUAAGGUGUCAAGUUUUCUUUUGCCUACAAAGAAGAACAAGACUCCUCCAAAAGAAGAGAUUGGAGAUGGAGUUAGGAGACAAGGAAGGAGUGGGAGAAGCUCAGUACAGUCAAAAGCUUGUUUACCAGUAGCAAAGGAGAAAAUGGAAAGUAUUGAUGCAAAUAAACCACUAAAGAACAAAAAGAUGGGUCCUGAAAGGAGUGAAAGCAGGAUAGGUCGCCCUCCUUCAAAGAAGAUGUCUGACCGAAAGGCUUAUGCACGUCCACAAAUCAUGACGAGUGUGUCCUCAGAAUCAGCAGGUUCCAUAUUCGAUGCCAGAACAUCAACUGAUGAUCGUGAUGAUUUACUCGCAUCUGCAAAUGAUGCUCGCAGUGCUAGCUGUAAUGCCUGUUCUAACAGCUCUUUCUGGAAGAAAAUGGAACCUAUUUUUGCAUCUCUGACACUGGAGGAAAUAUCUUUUGUCAAGCAUCAGAUACAUUUUGCCGAGGAGGUAGAUGCAAGUUUAUCUGACUGGCCUGAAACUGACCAUGAGGUAAUAUUAUGUUUUAGGGAUUUGCAAGGUGGUCGAGGUAGUUCAAGUCAUAAGGCUGGAAUUACAAAGGUUGCAAAACAACUUGCAAUGGCCUUUGCUAAACGAACACUGGAGAGAUGCCAUAUAUUUGAGAAAACUGGUCGAAGCUGCUUCAGUGAAUCAACUUUACGGGAUAUUCUCUUGUCAGGGCCUCCAAACAACAUUGACACUAGCCAUACUGAUGGAUUUGGUUCCAAUAGUUAUGUGGAUUUGCGCAGUGGGGAAUUUGGUGUUCGGCAAACAGGUCUAACGACUGUGAAACAUGGACUUGGUAAAAAGAUGGACCGAGGUCUGUCGGAUCCAUAUCAAAGUGUUCCUCAGAUGGGUGAGCAUGCUGUUACUAAAAGGAAGAAGGAAGUGCUUCUAGAUGAUGUCACAGGCGCUGCUUCUAGAUCCCUAUCCACUCAUGCUCAUUCUCUGGCAACUAGUACAAAAUGGAAAAAGAGUGAAAGAGACCAGGAACAGAAUAAAGACGCAUCAGGAAGAAGCUCUACUGCUAAAGCCGGUCGUCCAUCAUUAGGCAGCGGUAGAGGCGAACGCAAACUGAAGACAAAACCUAAGCAAAAGAUAGCUCAGUUGUCAACUUCAGGAAAUGGCCUUGGCAGAGUCACAGAGACAGACAGCGUCACAUCACCAGCAUUGCGUGAGGCAUUUGAGACGGUCAAUAGUUCGAUUGCUAAAUUUGAUCAAGAAGUUGAAUUGCAAAGUUCAAGUAACAGGGCGCAGAAUUCGUCUAAAGAAUUUGAUGAUGGUAUCUUUACAAAUCUUCCACUUAAUGGGAUAGACCCCAUUGAUGAACUAGAUGUUGCUGAAGGCCUGGGCGGACAAGGCCAGGAUAUUGCAUCCUGGUUGAAUGUCGACGAAGAAGCAUUACAAGAUCAAGAUCUAGUCGGCCUUGAAAUUCCAAUGGAUGACCUUUCAGAAUUGAAGUUGAACUUUUAAAGAAAGCCGACCAUGCUGUAUCUGGAUAUUGAGAAUUCUAGGUCAGACUCCAUUUUCUCAUAACUAACAUGUGAAAUUGUCUAUCCCAGGUCGUUAGGAAAAUGUAACUAGGACGUUAUUCUUUGAUAUAAUUUUUGAGUUCUUGGCAGAUCCCAAUUGUUUUCUGUCACCCAGCGCCGUUCGAGUACCAAAUUCCAAAAUCCAUCAAACAUUUGUGUAAAUUCUACCACGUCAUUAUUUUGCAUUAUAUAGCUUGUCUAGUCA